AUGGGAAUUCCUGACAAGCCUUUGCGUGUGAUCAUCAUCGGUGCAGGUUCUGCUGGCCUUCUAUUUGCCCAGGUUUUGAAGCAGGCUGGAAUUGCAUGCACCGUGUUUGAGCAGGACACCAGUCUACAACAAAGACCUCGGGAUUGGAACUUUGGCAUUUACUGGGCCCAAUCGCGACUCGACGAGUGUCUCACAAGCGAUCUCAAGCCGCUGGUCAAAACAGUACAAACUGACCCCAGCUAUGUAGCUUCUGAGUCGAGCGUAAUGCCAGUCCACCAUGGAGGUACAGGAGAACUACUAAAAAAUCUCCCGGCACCAUGGAGUCUUCGUCUCAGAAGGAAAAAGUGGAUCGAUAUGAUUGCAACCGGUAUUGACAUCAAGUGGGGGAAAAAACUUGAGUCGAUUGAAACGGGCGCGGAUGAAGUGACAGUCACUUUCACCGACGGAACAAAGGAGACUGGGAAUCUCCUUGUUGGCGCGGAAGGAGCUCACUCGUAUACACGAGAGUGGCUUCUACCUGGCGAGGAAGGAAAGCUCCUUCAAUCGCCGUGUGUUGCGAGUGUCACGAUUACAAAACUUGGCCGACAAGCCUCGAUUGAUCUUCGCAAACUACACCCACGUUACACCAUCUCGUUUCAUCCCAAUGGAACAUUUACCUGGAUGAGUAUUCAUGACUGCGCCAAUGAAGAUCCUGCAGAAUGGGAGUGGAUGUUGAUGCAGACGUGGCGCUCAGACGAGCCUACUGGUCUGUUGGGCGAGAAUAUCCUUCCAGCAAUGUAUGAACGAGGAAAAGCAUUCGGUUACCCUUUUAACGAGGUCUUCGCCACCAUCCCUGCUGGGACUAAGGUCUGGCACAACAGACUUCAGUACUGGCCUACCAAACCUUGGAACAGCCGCGGUGGACUAGUUACAAUUGCCGGUGAUGCUGCGCACCCUAUGACUUUCCAUCGAGGUCAAGGUUUAAACAACGCAAUUACAGAUGCGGCAGACUUCUUAGUGCAUCUUCGAGAAAUGAAAGAGCACACCCCGGCGGAACUGAAGGCAGCCGUCAGGAGGUAUGAGACCGAGCUCUGGCCUAGGGGGAAUGAGGCUGUACUAGCAAGCCAUGAAAACACUAAUGCAGUACAUGACUGGAACACUAUGAUGUCGAGUCCGCUCUUUACAGAAGGAUUAGCAAAGGAUAAGAAAGAAGCCGAGGAAGCUAUAGCGGUAGCGUAA